AUGACCAUCGAACAAGGCCCCUUUGAUGCCCAGUUUGAUGCGCUGGUUCAAAAUGCCCUCAUGGAAUGGAAAAUUCCUGGCUUGUCCAUCGCAGUCCUCCAUAAGGAACAUACAUUUUCCAGGGCCUAUGGCAUCGCCGAAUUCCCUGACAGGAAGAUGACCGCCGACACGCUUUUCCCAGCUGCUAGCACCACGAAAGCAUUCACUGCUGCCGCUACCUCAAUAGCGAUUCAAGACAGCAAGGACACCAAGUCGGCGCUCGACUGGGACACCACGAUCGCAUCCAUCAUUCCAGACGAUUUUGUUCUAUCAGAUGACUACGCUACUAGGCACACGACCCUCGAAGAUGCCCUCUCACAUCGAUCGGGGCUCCCUGGACAUUUAUGGCCAGUCACGUACGGGAGUCGAGAUGCAAGCGUGCGAGAGAUUGUGCGCUCGCUCAGACACCUGCCCCUAUCAGCUCCCUCGCGAACUAAAUUCCAGUACAGCAACCAAAUGUUUGUUGCUAUGACGCAUCUACUACAGCAGCACACUGGUGAGCCACUGGGCACUUUCCUGAAGAAGCGCAUCUGGGAGCCCCUUGGCAUGAACGAGACAUACUUCUCAACUGAUGAGGCGAUGGAAGAUCCUUCGAGCGCGGCCAAGGUCGUUAAAGGAUACACUUGGAUUCCCGAGAAAGACGGCGGGCACUGGUUCCAAGAGCCCCCGGCCAACUGGAGGCCGAAUACCGGCGCCGGAGCCAUAGUCAGCAAUGUGCUCGAUUAUUCUCGCUGGGUGCGAGAAUUGAUCGAGCAGACUGGCCUUCUGAAGGGCCAUGAUUCCUUGACUAAACCACGGACUUUACAUUUUGAAGGAGGCGAUAUCAAUCUACCGUCCCCUUACCACGGCUACGCACUGGGAUGGUUCGUCGACAACUAUCGUGGCCAACACCUCUAUUCACACUCCGGUGGCUGGCCUGGCUAUUCCAGUCUCGUCGGGUUUCUGCCCGAGAAAAAGUUCGGCUUCGUGCUUAUGGGCAACUCCAACUCAGCACGAUAUAUCAUUUUCCAGCUGGCGGUACAUCUUAUGGAUAAGCUGCUUGGACCGACCGAGGAUCCCCUGCAUCAAGAGAAAAUGGCGGAAUUCUAUGCCACGCAUGACAAGAUCAAGGAGAGAACGCUAAGGUAUCAUCCAGACGAUAUGGAUGCUAUCAAGCGAAAGCUCUUUCCAUCCCUGGCCGAUCCCCCGUUUUCUCAUGCUUUGCCACUCGACAAAUAUGUUGGGACCUACAAACAUCCAACUGGAAACUGGGUUUCUGUUGUGCUAGACCAUGAUGGAAACUUGGGUAUCGAUGCAUCGCAAGGAGCGAUCCCCGGGUAUUUGACCCUCACGCAUGCUAGUGGUGAAUUCUUCGUUGCGAAGAUAAAGUCCAGCAAUCUUGCUGCGAUGGAACCUGUUGCGGCUGAGUUUUAUAUUGAUCCUUCGGGGUCCGUGAAGAAGAUCGGGUUGACGCUGGAGCCUGCCUUGAAAGAAGAGAAAAUAUGGUUUGAGCGAAGUGAAGCUUAA